AUGGAAGAUCGAGCUUUUAACCAAGAAGAUUUACCUGAUUCAACUCAUGAGAGCAGUAGAGCAAGAACUGUGCCGGUUAUGAACCCUCCUUUUGCUCACCACCCUUAUCGAAUCCAUCAGCCAGAAAGUAUGGAAAUCACUGGGGCAGAUUCGAAUGAUAGAGCACAACCAGUCCCAUAUCUAAACCCUAACUUGAGCUUGAGCAAUCCAAGAUAUGAAGACCCAGUGCUCCCUGAACAAAUUGACCGUGCUCAACAAAUUCCUUCAUUUCCUCCCCACACUGUCAAUGCAAUCCCACAUGCAUCUCGAAUGCCAGAACCACCUAAACGGAAUGUUCAAAUGAGUCAAAAUGUUUCAAUAAACAAAGCCCCUGCACUUAUUCAGCCUACAUUUAAUACUCCCAAAAUGCAUGAAGAUUUUAUAGAAAGUUUGACUUGCUUGAUCUGUAAAGAUAUAUUCUUAGACCCCGUUGUAUCUUAUCUUAUUAAGUAUAUAUUGUUUAAACGUCUCAUACGGGGUUGUACGCCUUCUGCUACCAUGUCGUCGCUCUGGGGUUUCCGCUUUCUCGCCAGGAAGGUUUUUUGAGGGAGGACUCAAAAGGAGCCACUAGAAAGAUUCCAACGACAGCGUUCCGGCUUUGACAGGUCGCCCUGAUCUUACACUGCCAUACUUGGCUUGACUGUAUUUCAGCUAAAGGUCAACCCUCAUCGGGUUGGCCGAGCAGAAAACACUAUGCCUUCAACUUCCCUGACAGAAGUCCGCUUAUUGUCAGGCUCGCCUGAUAUAUAUGGGAUAGGAUUCGCCGUAAAAUUGAACCUCAUAAUCAAAUGAGAAACAAUUAGAUGAGCUAACUAGCUUUGAUAGAAUUCCAUAUUUUGAUUAUAAACCCCGUUGUAUCAACUUGCUCAUGUGCAAUUACUAUAUGCAGAGAUUGCUCAGUGAAAAAUAAAAGCAAAUGUCCCACAUGCAGACAAAGGACAACUUACCAGCCAAACAGAGUAGUAAAAGAACUUGUCGGGAAGAUCCCUUACAAUUGUGCCUGUGGAACAUCAUAUAAGCGCGAUGAUAAAGAAAAGCAUGAAAAACAAUGCCCUCAGAUAAUCAGAAAUUGUGGAUUAUGUGUAUUUAGUGGAAACCGUCGACAAUUAGAGGACCAUUUAUACGACAAGCAUUAUUUGAAUAUUUUUUACUAUUUCGCAGAGCCAGUUCAGGAUCGAGUUGUUUCUCGGAAUUAA